AUGCUCAUAAAGCCGACCCCAAAUGCGAAACGGAAUGUUAUUGUUGUUGUUUCACAGACAUUCUUUACUAUUCUCUGCAAUAUUGCUUUACAGAGGAAAAGUGGGGAAUAUGCAGAUCUAAAAUUUGAAACAAAUCCGCAUCCUAAAGAUAACACACAGAAAGACGGAUGUGUUUAUGUUGAUGCAUAUGCGGAAGAAGAUACUAAGGUUGAUGCUGAAACAAGUCUUCCUCUUGAAGAUAACACAAGGAAAGAUAAAGGUGUCAUGUUGACGUACACGACGAAGAUAAUAAGGUUGAUGCUGAAGAAUCAAGAAGAUACUUGGAGGGAGAUGUUUAUGGCACUAGAAACUUCUAAAGAUGUUUCUGCAGAUCAUCCACUUGGAGAAGAAGAAAAAAAGAAGCUGACUGUGAUCACUCUUUUAGGAAUUGAAACCAUAUUUGAGUUCCAAUACAAGGUUAAAAGGAGCACAAGAACUUACAUGUUUGAAUCCUGGAAUGGCAAAGCAAAAGAUGAUUUAUUUAAAGCUAAGAUUGCUGAAGAUGAUCUCACGGUAAUUGAAAUUUCAGCACAUCCUAGGCAUGCAAAUCUAAUGAAACUAGUGGGGGACCAUCCUGGAGGAUGCAUUUUGGCUCAUGCUCCAGGAUCUGGAAAGACUUUCAUGGUUAUUAGUUUCAUACAGAGUUUUCUAGGAAAGUAUCCCAAUGCAAGGCCUCUAGUGGUGCUUCCUAAGGGAAUACUAUCGACUUGGAAAAAAGAAUUUCAGAGAUGGCAAGUGGAAGAUGUACCACUCUAUGACUUUUACACUGUGAUGGCUGAGAGUAGAUCACAACAAUUGGAAGUCUUAAAACAAUGGGUGGAUCACAAGAAUGAGGGACACACUCCUAGGAACGAGAAUACUGAUAUGGUACAGUCCCUUGCAAAAGUACAAACACCAAGUAAAGUUGUACUAUCUGGAACCCUAUAUCAAAAUCAUGUCAAGGAGGUAUUCAACGUGUUGAACCUUGUUCGCCCAAAGUUUAAAUCGAUGGAAACGUCCAAGCCUAUUGUCCGACGCAUUAAGAGUAGGAUCCAUAUACCUGGUGUGAGUGACUUUUGUGAUUUGGUUGAAAACACUUUGCAGAAGGACCCGGAUUUUAAAAGGAAAGUGGAUGUUAUACAUGAUUUGCGGGAGAUGACCAGUAAGGUACUGCACUACUAUAAAGGAGAUUUUCUUGAUGAGCUUCCUGGCCUAGUAGAUUUUACUGUGGUGCUCAAACUUACACCUAGACAGAUGCAUGAACUUGAUAAAGUAAAGGGGAUAUCUGGAAAGUUCAAGAUGUCUUCUGUAGGUAGUGCAGUAUAUCUGCACCAAAAAUUGAAACCAAUUGCAGAGAAAUGGUGUGAAAAAUCUAUAUCUGGUGAUAUAAUUGAUGAUCUAAUACGAACCUAG